CCUUAAUCUUGUCUCUCUUCAUUUUCGCGCUCUCAUGGCGGACAAGAAAAAAUCCACUGAUGGGCCAUCCCCAUACACGCCAGAGGCUUUUGAUGCAUACAAUAUCCCCGAUUACGAUACCAAUUUCGUUCAUGAAGCUGAAUUCUCCGAAUUUGCGAAAGCCUUAGCGGCCCCAGAGAAUUCCAAUGAAGACGUUUCAUUGUCUCAACAGGCACCGGCAUUCAUAACGGCUUUAAAUGACUGGCGUCCCGUUCAUCAAAAGGUACGUGGGCGUCGAAAAAGCGGCGGCCCUCGUAGACGACGUCCACCGAAACGGGGGAAAGAUGAAACCCGAGAAGGAUUCGUCUAUACAUUGCUCAAGUGGCCUAUGCUAGUUUCUGUCCUGGCAUGGAUUAUCAUUCUCGGAAUAAUAUACAUAUUUACGCGGCUUUAUAUUUACUUUUACGAGCAAUUCGUUACAUGGCGUGGAACCCGACAACGUCUGAGGAGGAACCUCCAAUCAACAAAGUCCUAUGGCGAGUGGGUUGAGGCUGCAAAGGAGCUUGAUAAAUACCUCGGAAAUGAAGCUUGGAAAAAGCAGGAUGAAUACGCUUACUAUGAUCACAAAACCGUGAAGAAAGCGGUCAAUCAAUUACGAAAGUUGAGGCAGCUCGCGGAAGCCGAAGAGAGCCCAGAGGUCGAAAACGAGGGCACCGUUAGGGCAGUUGACGAAUUACGCGGUCUGAUAGAGGCUUGUGUAAAGAGUAAUUUUGUUGGUGUGGAAAAUCCAAGGUUGUACAGCGAAACGUACCAUGGUACUAAAGACCUCGUUCAGACCUACACAGACGAAGUAAAUGCUUCUCUGAAGUUCUUGCUCCACACUGAUCAGCUAUCCAAGGAAGAAAAGCGCAGUCUCUUUAAGCAUGUCCACACCAACUUCGGUCGUUCUGCAUUAUGUCUUUCGGGGGGUGCAUGUUUUGCAUACUAUCAUUUCGGCGUGAUAAAGGCUCUUUUGGAUGCAGACCUUCUGCCACAAGUAAUUACAGGGACAUCGGGUGGUGCUCUCGUCGCUGCUCUCGUCGCAACGCGAACGAAUGAGGAACUCAAAGCCACCCUUGUCCCGGCGCUAGCGGGCCGCAUCACUGCCUGCCAUGACGAUUUUCUGACGUGGGUUCGAAGAUGGUAUCGCACAGGAGCACGGUUCGACUCAAUUGACUGGGCCAGGCGUUGCAGCUGGUUUUGCCGUGGCAGCAUGACUUUCCGCGAAGCAUAUGAACGUACAGGUCGCAUCUUGAACGUUAGCUGCGUUCCAUCGGAUCCCCAUUCGCCUACCAUUCUUGCCAAUUAUCUAACGUCCCCUGAUUGUGUCAUCUGGUCUGCUGUUCUUGCAUCAGCAGCUGUGCCGGGAAUACUGAAUCCCGUAGUUCUGAUGAAGAAAAACAAGGAUGGCACAAUCUCACCCUAUUCAUUUGGCCACAAAUGGAAAGAUGGAAGCUUGAGGACAGACAUUCCUCUCAAGGCACUGAAUCUCCAUUUUAACGUCAAUUUCAGCAUUGUUUCACAAGUAAAUCCCCAUGUCAACCUCUUUUUCUUUGGCUCCCGCGGAAGCGUAGGCAGGCCAGUCACACAUCGCCGGGGACGAGGUUGGCGAGGUGGCUUCCUAGGCUCCGCCACCGAACAAUAUCUCAAGCUUGACCUGACAAAAUGGUUGAAAGUACUUCGACAUCUCGAGCUACUUCCCCGGCCACUGGGGCAAGACUGGUCGGAGAUCUGGCUACAGCGAUUUAGCGGUACUAUCACUAUCUGGCCAAAGACGAUCCCUUCGGAUUUCUAUUAUAUCCUUUCGGACCCUUCUCCUCAGCGUCUUGCACGCAUGCUUCAUGUUGGCCAGCAGUCAACAUUUCCGAAACUUGUGUUUAUCGGCAACCGCAUGAAAAAUGAAAGAAUAGUCGAAAGUGCCCGACGUGCUACCCGUCCACAGAUGGAAGAGAAAACGAUACAGAGUAUAAUUUCGGAAGAAGACCUUCGAUCCCUCGUUCGUGAAGUGCGUCAGCGCGAUAAUCCUGUCGCACCCCGGCUGAUGACUCCGAUGAGCAAAUCACCUCCAAACGAAGCUCAACCCAGUGCUGCCUUUAGCAAACGGUUCAGCGACUGGCUGCAGAAUUUGAAUGCUUCCUCAUCUCACCAGUCAUUUGAAUCACAUCCUACCACAAACGAAUUCUCGGGCGACGAUGAUGGUGAUGAUGACGACAUAGGCUAUGACUAUAACCACCGGCGCUCAAGUUAUGGCGUUUUAGAAGAGAUUGGUCGUCAGAGCCGUGUCUUCCUCGAUGACUCUGAGGCAUAUGAUACGGAAGGUGAAGCCAGCUUCGGAAGUGGCGGUGUAGGCGAGCGCGAUGUUGACGGCCUUGAAACUGAUGAAGCUUGGGAUGUUGAAGAGGAAAAGGACAAGCAUGGUCUGGAGGAGGAACGCGAGCGAGAGGAAGAUGCGAUUCAGGCAUUUGAAGAUAACGACACUCAUGAAGGUACAAUUGUGGGCUGAUUUGUGCAUUGUUAAAAAACGAUGCUCGGCUUUUAUUUGCAGCCUUUUACAUCUGCUUUCCGGGGUCAAGGCGUAGGUUAGAUCGACCAGUAUCCACAGCGAUUGUGUUUAAGAUGAGGUCUUUUCUUUUUUCUUUUCAUAUUUCUGUCAAGGCAUAUGCAUUCGUUAAUACCUCUAGCGUCGUUAAUGAGUUGUUUAUUUCUGAACAUUCGAUAGCGACAUCUUCUCACC